UGUGGCUUUGGGUUUAUACCUGAUAUCACUGUCAACAAAACAGUGUUCUGCUUGGUGGUGCUAUCCGCCGUGGUUAAGCGUAUGGUAGCUUUAGUCAUCAGAGGGACAGUUGUUCAUUGUAAGUCGAGUUGUGAAGGUAAACCAUAUAGGCGUACGUUUAGAAGGUAUUCUACCCAGGUUGUUUGGAUGCUGUAUACAAAGCAGAGUAACGGAAAGUUCGCUUAUAUAUUGGAUAUAAAGUACUUUCGUUGAUCGUUUCUGAAUUUAGUCGAAAUGUAUUAUUAAGUGGUCUCCGAGCAUCAAAACGGAGAACAAAAUCGUAUACUGUCGUAAUGUCUAUCGAUUUCCCCUCCUACAUGUGCUUCUAUGAAAAGCUUUCGGAGGGAAAAAGCGUUUACACACAUUUGGAAAUUAUCAAGAAAGUCGGCACUGGACAACACGUGGAACGUUUUCGGCUGUAACCGAUUUAUAAGGAAUAUAUUUCAAAGAAAUGAACAUUACUCAACGAUAACUUUUUAAUUUAACACCGUGAUGCCGAAAUUUUUAACAAGAAAUCAAUCAGCCGUCAUGUGGCCGUGAUUCAAGAUCGAAAAACGGUGUAAAUCUGUCAACAAAAUGGAGCACCAUGCUUCAUAAGCUGUCGGAUUAUUUAUGACUGCAGAAUUUGUGGGGAGGAAACACUUUGAUUAAAUUUCGUUAUUCUGUGUUUUCUCGGAGGUGUAUCUUGAAGAAUUCACACGUUUUUGGUAACUUUUCUUCUGUAAGCAUGAUUAUAGAUGUGUAACGUCAUCAGCGCUCCAUUAGGAGGGGCUGGAUGGUGGUCCUUUCUGGAAGCAUGGCGCGAUCUGGUCACCGGGGGUGUUGCUAUGUUCUCCACCUCCGGGAAGAUAAUGCCAGGUUCAUUCUACUGUUCGUUGUUUUGGGGAUAUAUAUGAUUACGGGAGCUAUAUUGUUUAUGAUUCUCGAGCAGGAUAACGAAGUGCUGGAGAAACAAGUGUAUACGGAUAGGUUAAACUCUUUUCUGAGGGCUUACCCGUCCAUCAACAGAACCGAUUUCGAUGCGAUCCUUAAGGUCCACGCGGAAGCAGAAUCGGCUGGAUUUGCUGGUACAAAACGACCACGAUGGGAUUUCCCAGGUUCCUUUUAUUUCGUUGGAACCGUAGUAUCAACAAUAGGCUUUGGAAUGACGACACCCCGAACGGUCGCUGGCAAGAUUGUUCUUAUAUUCUACGGAUUCUUUGGAUGUGCUGGAACCAUUCUAUUCUUUAACCUGUUUCUUGAACGCAUCAUCACGUUCCUUGCUUAUAUACUGCGGUCUAUACACGAGAGAGAUCUGAAGCGAAAAGGUUUAACGAAUGGUUCCAAUGAUUCCAGACGUGGUUCUCAAGUAUCGGACGACGACCGGCUGGACACAUGGAAACCCUCGGUAUACUGGGUUAUGUUGAUAUUAUUCCUUGGGGCAGUUAUAGUAGCGUGCUGUGCUUCCGCAAUGUAUCAUCCUGUGGAGGACUGGACUUAUUUUGAAGCCAUUUAUUUUUGUUUUGUGACAUUUGCAACGAUAGGAUUUGGGGAUUAUGUUGUAAGUCAAAAAGAGAGUUACCCGAAUGUGCAUCUUUACCGAUUCGGGAAUUUUAUAUUCAUAGUAAUAGGUUGCUGCUGUAUAUACAGUUUGUUUAACGUGGCGUCUAUUGUUAUUAAACAGCUCCUGAACUGGAUCAUCAAAAAAUUGAACUGCAGGUGCCGAAGGAGGAAAAAGUCGAAAGGUCGACGAAACGCCAUAACGCCUGGUCACAUUCACAGGGGGUCUAAAAUGAACAAGUCUAAGGCCGUCACUGUGGAAUGUGAUAGUGACUCGGACGGUAGGCGAAACUCGGACGAAAUGAUCUCCAUGAGAGAUUUCCUUCAGGCAAAUAAAAUAUCUCUCGCCAUGAUGCAAAAGCAAUUGUGGGAAACAUCACAAAGGGGAAUGAACUCUUCUAAUGGAAGUGGUUUCCAGGGUCCAGUGGGGCCAUUGGCCAUCCUAAACAGAAAGCUAGGUCAGGAGGAGGUUUGACGCAGUGCCACACUCAAGUGCAAUAGGGUUGUUAAAACCCAGUUAUACUUUCAGAGCGUACAGUUAAACGCACUUAAAGAGGCGUAAAGAAUCGGACAAGGUCAGGAAAUGGCGUCUCUGAACAGUGAUAAACCGUCGUGUUGACAGCUCAGGCCUACAAGUGUUGGUUUCAUUGUGUUUAAAUGUGGAUAUUUAAAACGUUUUAGAACGUAACUGUUGGAGAUGUUUACGGAUGAAGAAGGCAGUGACAAUGGUGUCAUUUUGCACUAAUUCGAACACUAAAACCAUUCAAGCUCCAAUUGGUGUGUAACAUUACACUGUGUCUGGGCAAACUACGAGUGUUUCCGAACAGCAGAUAUAUCGUCGCUCGCAUUUGGAUGAAGAAACCUGAUAAAUUCUUUUUGAGUGUAACGUUACUGACUAAAACUAUUUUGUUAACGGGAAUAAUCAAUCAUCCCAGAUACUUAAAGACCUGCUGCUACAGCAGGAUCGCUUACAAAAGCGCGCUCAAUUGAAUUUUUCUGCAACCUUUCAAGUUCGGUAUAGAGGCCAUUUUAGAGUGUUUUCAAGUGUAUUCCUUCGUGGAUAACGACAUAUUCAGUUACUAGAAACGCCUCAGUACAGAAUUGAUCACAGUAGACAGCGAGACUGUCACGAGUAGCUGUUCUGGAACUAGUACCGUGAUCCGAUGUCCAAAGACUAGUGAUCUGCUGACCGAGACAGGGCUGAAGAGCAAGCCUUAUCGUGAAGAAAAACGUGUCCAAGCCUUAUACCAUCACAUUCGUAACCUCUAUUUGUCGCCUACGCAGUGCCCACUCUCACACAGCACCAAGGUUUGGCGCGGAAAGAAGCGAUAUAUACCAAAACGUGCCUAUCUUGUGCUCUCGUGUAUAAUAUCAAUACCGCUGUCCGAAGUUAUCUAGAUUUGGCUUUUGUGAUACAAUACCCAUUACUAUGGCAACUUAUAAAUAAGCAUCUAAAUCACAGAUUUAAAGAAAAAUGCGCAUCAGCAAAACCGUGAUUUCAGUCGUAAAGUCAUUUUAUCUAGACAUGAAGGAAACAGACAUAAUUUACAUAGAAGAGAAUUUCUUCAAUCAUCGAAAAUGUUGCUCGUCGGAAAAUAGACACAUAAACUUCACACAAUGCCUUAUACCACAGCGUCCUUGUAUCCGACGUCAGAGCAAGCGCCAUCAGUGACGCGAACAAUGGAAGAAACCGUAUGUGAGUGAUGAAUAAGAAAUUAUUCAACAUCUCCCCUAUUAAACGUUACAUUGACAGAAAAUAAAGGAGUAUUGCUUCAAGCGAGAAAUAGCAACGGUGUGUAAAUUCUAAAGCGCCACAGCUACCAUGAUCAGCAAACAAGCACCAAACUAACCAUGAAGUGAAAACGUUCAGAUGAGGUUUUUACCUCUACGUGUAAAUGAAUUAUCGCCAAGUUUACCACAGUGUUUAAAACGUUUAUGAGACACGUUUAAUGAGGUAUGUUAAUGAAUUGGCACCGUGUUCUGCUAUGGUGUUUGCACGUGUUUGACUUUGUUACGGCAACUACAGGAUGAUAAUCUCUAACCCUUGCUAGGUCAAGCAAGUUUCAUAUUGUUCACUACUAUUUGUAUAGACUGUUAUACGAAUAAAUUGUCGGUUUAAGACAACGUGAACGGACCUUAUCGCCAAGAUAAGUACUGUGUGUCAGCGCCACGUUUAUAUACCAUGUAUAACAAGAGCGGUUCACUCACUGCCUCUACGUCCUGGCGCGUUUCUCUAUGGCCUACUUCAUUCACAGAGCAUACCUAUAAGAAAAGAAAUUUAAUCAAACUACGUAUAUGUUUCCUAAACUACAUGUAAACCCAGGGACAAAUGUCAGUGCACAAAUAACACUGUUGUAUAGCCCAAUUUUGUUUCUAUUUUCUUACAAUGACCUUGCGUGCAUAUGCGUGUAUGUUUACGUAUGAAUGGGUUUCGAUAUUGACAAUUGUGAUUUGUAUAUAUCUAUAUAUAUCAUUUGUUGUAACAUUCCAAUUCCUUAAAUUUUCUCGUUCGAUUGGAGUUAGUGUUUUACUCGCACCAUGUAUACAAAGAUAAUUCAUUAGUUUUAAAUAUGAAAACUUUAUCUAUAGGAAAACAGGAACUCGUACAUCGUACAAUAGAUGUUUGAUAUAUCUGAAGUAAUCAAUUAAAAGUAAAAUUGGAACAAAGACUGUCAUCGUCUACAGGAAAUAAAAUGCCUUUAAGUCAUGUGACAUUGCAUCGAAUAAGAAAAGGGUGCGCCUGAGUUCGCCGAAAAUCCUCAUAAAAUUGAAAAUUGAAAAAAGAAAAACGCCUUACGUUUUAAUUAAUUCAAGAUAGUGUACCAAUGUCGUCAUAGGAAGUGUACCACUGUCGUCGUACGUGUACCGAUGUCGUCAUAGGAAGUGUACCACUGUCGUCAUAGGAAGUGUACCAAUGUCGUCAUAGGAAGUGUACCAAUGUCGUCAAGGGUAGUGUACCAAUGUUGUCAAGGGUAGUGUACCAAUGUCGUCAAGGGUAGUGUACCAAUGUCGUCAAGGGUAGUGUACCAAUGUCGUCAAGGGUAGUGUACCAAUGUCGUCAAGGGUAGUGUACCAAUGUCGUCGUAUGUGUACACAUGUCAUCUUAAAUUUUGUACCAAUGUCGUCAUAGGUAGUGUUUUUACCAAAGAUGGCAUAGGUAGCAUACCAAUGCCGUCAAAGAAAAUGAACCAAUAUCGAUAUAAGCAGUGUUCCAAUGUCGUCUUGGGUAGUGUAACACAACCUUCAUUGGUAACAUGACAAUGAAAUCACAAUGUUGUCAUAGGAAGUGCGCCAUUGUCGUCGAAUGAAAUAUACCAAGGUCUUCAUAAGCAGCGUACGAAUAUCGUCAUAAGAAGCAUACCAAUGUCUACAUUAGAAGCGUACUAAUGUCGUUAUAAUAAACGUACCAAUGGCGUCAAAGGAUGUGUACUUAUGUAUGGAAGGUAGUGUAGCAAUGUCGUCAUAAUAAACGUACCAAUGGCGUCAAAGGAUGUGUACUUAUGUAUAGAAGGUAGUGUAGCAAUGCCGUCAUAAGAAGAGAAGCGGUGUCGGCAUAGCAAGCGUACCAAUGACCAAUCUUGUCAUAUGGAGCGUGCCAAUACUGUCUUAUGAGGCAUACCAAUAUCACCAUAGACAGAAGGAGUGCUGGAAUUGUUCAUUAUUUCGGCCCUAAUCGAUGACAUUGUUUAGCCGAGAGCGCUGUUUUGGUUUUGACAAGGUUCAGAUCACAAUCGGAGGUCAGCAUUGUUCUUGAAAUAAAUCUAGAUUAUCAUAUAGCAUCGAGCAGCUCGUUUUGACACGAUCUGUCAGGCGCUUGUAAUGUUACUCGCUCCCUAAUUAGUUUCGACAAAAAAAAUGACCGGCAGUCAAUACCGCUGACAUAGACACACUUACUCACACAUCAUGAACGAAGUGACAAUCCAAAAUGGUUUCGACACUGGGGAUAUACACCAGCGGAAGGAACUGUCUAAAUUAUGAACCAGUACCACUCUAUUUUACGGAAUACAAACAGCAAUAAACCUACAAUAAGGGCAACACAUACUGUGUAAUAUAUGUUAUACCUGUCAUGAAAACAAUUUAUGCAUUUCCUGUUACGAUAUUAGGUUUCGACUUUGAUUUAUUUUAGAAAAUACACUUUUUUAUUUCAAAAUAACAGAAUUUAACAAAUGACUAAGCAAACAUGCAACAUGUUAAUAUAAAACUGAUCAUUCACUGCCUUUAAUAAAUAUAACCAAAUCAUUACUACAAACAUAGAGGUAGCCAAAGGGUCAUUUUCAUAUCUUACUCCUCGGUUGUUUUACGAAAAUACUUCUGGAGAGACGAACACACAAAACGUCACAUGCAGACAUUACAAUUAUAAUAUCGAAUAUUCAUGAAAUUGUCAUCAAUAAGACAGUACACCAUCCCAGUGCUUAAAAAACAGACACUAUAAUUACCAGACUUCUGUUGUAAGUGCGUUAUCACCAUCAAAACAGUAACGUGCAUACGACGGUAUUUACAUUUUUUGUCACUUGAGCAAAAUCUGAUAUAUAUAACCCGCAUAACCAGUACAGUUAUACAACACAGGGCAGUCGAUGUCUGGCAAUCACAAACUGUUAUAUAUGCUGCCAUCACAGUCAUAAGUCGGCUUUGUAUUGUGACGUCACACUGAAGACAUCACAUGAUCCCCAUUAACGCUGUUCCAUGUGUUCUUGAUGCCUUAGAUAUACCAAUAUGCUUAUUCUUUUUUACAGAUAAUUCCAAAGCCAAUUAACGAUCCGUUAAAUCAACGAUGUUUCAUUUAUCGUUGAUCUCCUUGUAGUCAGACCUUUUGAUGAUAAUGGAGCGGAAGUUGAUGAUAACUUCAUCAUUAAAACUCGCCAUAUAACUGGCAACAUAACAGGCCAUGGUAACGAGGUAACAUAAUAUCAUCGUUAUACAAUAGAAACGUAUAUGGAAAACGGCGUAUAUAUACGUACGUGGUAAAAAUACAUAGAAGUGAACGAUAUAAAUACCUAUUUAUUUUCACCUUUUGUCAUGGCCUUCUGUAACACUUUAAGUUCACUAACAAUGCCAGUUUUAUCUUACGUAGCUGUUAGACGAGAGUAUGGAUAUCAGGGCUUAUAAAACAACGGCGGUAACAAAUGAAUGUGCGAGCCUUAAAAAGGUCGUAAUAAAACAUUCGUCACAUUGGUACAAUAAAGUAAACGGUAUUUGUACGAUAUGGUAAACGAUGCUGGCACGCUCUGUAUACGGUAUUGGUACAAUAUGGUAAAGGGUAUUUGUACUAUAUGGUAAACGGUAUAGGUACAACGGUAAACGGUAUUGGUACUACAUGGAAAACAGUACAGGUACUAUAUGGUAAACGGUAUUGGUACAAUGUUUUAACGGUAUUGGUACAAUGUUUUAACGGUAUAUUGGUACAAUAAGGUAAACGGUAUUGGUACAAUAUGGUAAACGGUAUUGGUACUUUAUGGUAAACGGCAUUGGUAUUUUAUGGUAAACGGUAUUAGUACUAUAUGGUACAAUAAGGUAAACGGUAUUGGUACUAUAUGGUAAACGGUAUUAGUACUAUAUGGUAAACGGUAUUGGUACAAUAAGGUAAACGGUAUUGGUACUAUAUGGUAAGCGGUAUUAGUACUAUAUGGUAAACGGUAUUGGUACAAUAGGGUACACGGUAUUGGUACUAUAUGGUAAACGGUAUUAGUUUUAUAUGGUAAACGGUAUUGGUACAAUAAGGUAAACGGUAUUGGUACUAUAUGUUAAACGGUAUUAGUACUAUAUGGUAAACGGUAUUGGUACUUUAUGGUAAACGGUAUUGGUACUUUAUGGAAAACAG